AUGAAUGUGGCUGUGGAAGCCGCCAACAAAAGCAUAAAGAAAAUCCUCAGAAAGAUGAUUGACAACUACAAAGAAUGGCAGGAACAACUACCAUAUGCAUUACUGGGAUAUCACACUACUGCCAGAACUUCAACUGGGGCCACUCCAUACCUGUUGGUGUAUGGCACUGACGCAGUGAUACCAGCCGAAGUAAAAAUCCCUUCACUUAGGAUAAUACAAGAAGCUGAGUUGGACGAUGCAGAAUGGAUCCGCAAGAGGUAUGGGCAACUGACUCUGAUAGAUGAAAAUAGGAUGAUUGUUGUUUGCCAUGGUCAACUAUACCAACAAAGAAUGGCACGAGCUUUCAACAAGCACGUGAGAACCAAGGUGUUUCAAGUUGGGCAAUUGGUGCUCAAACGAAUACUCCCAUACAAAGAAGAAUACAAGGAAAAGUUUGCACCAAACUGGCAAGGGCCCUAUAUGGUGUGA